GGGAGAUGAAAUACUUAUUCUUUCCAAACAGUUAGCUUCUAAUGAUUGAAACUGAAAGGUAAUUUAAAGACAAUGGCCACUCCUACUUCCUGGGCUCAGGAGGUCAUCACCUGUGACCUUUGUCCUAAGCCUACUCAGCAGUUCUGUAACAACUGUCAAGUCAGUUUAUGUGUGGACUGUGUCAGUAAACAUGUGGACAAAUUCAAAUCUCAAAUACACGACAUUGUUCAUUUUACCAAUAGGAAGAUCCAGCCAGUGUUUCCUGAGUGUAAGGUUCACUCCAACCAGAGAUGUAUGGCUCAUUGCCAAAAGUGUGAUGUUCAUGGCUGUCUGAGAUGCAUUCUCAGUUCCCAUAAUACACACAAUUUUACGGAAAUACACAUGUAUUUUGAAAUGAAGAAAAAUGAAAUUGGAAGUGAAAACCACAAAAUUGAAUCCAUCAUUGUUCCCAAAUACAAGCAGAAAAUUGAAAAUUUAGCCAGCAAAAUCUCCACAUCAACAGCCAAGUUUGAUGAACUGGAAAAAGAAGCAGAAAAACACAGAAAACUAUGGCACCAAGAGGUGGAUAAUAUUUUCAACAAACUUAACUCCUUAAUCAAGUCCACAAGAUUUAAAAUCUCAACAAUCCAAGAUAAAAAAUUUUAUUCCAGUUAUGAUGCAUACUGUUGA